AGGGAAAAAACCCCCUGCAUUUUACAGUAGUGUGACACAGGCGACGAUAUUACAAUAACAAAACGAUAGAAUUGCUUUUUAACCCUUUAGAGGCAUAUCCUGCCAAAGAAAGUGAUAGGCGGUGUUCAACAGAAAGUGGUCAUUUGUUUAUAUUAGCAGGUGAGGAAUAUUGGGGUGUGAGGACAACAUCAGUUGGGGGACAAGUUGGAUCGCUUGGGAUCCCGUCCUGUCAUCCUGGUGGUUAUGGUGGCAGCGCGUGCAACAUCCCCAGUGAGGUGGUGAAAGAGCGUCCGCUGUCCGGCACAGCCCCGUUCAUCUCUUCCGCCGACAAAUAGUGCCUGAAGUCGACAUGUCCAUCCAGUACACAGGGGAGGAGCAGUUGGCUGGGAGCUACGGAGUAGCGGAUUCAUUCCCCAAGGACUUUGGAUACGGAGUGGACGAAACAGACAUGGAGGAAAAUUCUACCUCUUCAGAUAGCAAACCACGCAUUUUGUUGAUGGGUAUGAGGCGCAGCGGCAAGUCCUCCAUCCAGAAGGUGGUGUUUCAUAAGAUGUCGCCCAAUGAAACCUUGUUCUUGGAGAGCACCAACAAAAUCUACAAGGAUGAUAUUUCAAAUAGCUCAUUUGUAAAUUUCCAGAUCUGGGAUUUUCCAGGACAAGUGGAUUUUUUUGACCCAGCAUUUGACUAUGAAAUGAUUUUCAGAGGAACAGGGGCAUUGAUAUAUGUGAUUGAUGCUCAAGAUGAUUACAUGGAGGCAUUAGAAAGACUUCACGCCACUGUCUCAAAAGCUUACAAAGCAAAUCCUGACAUGAACUUUGAGGUUUUCAUCCACAAAGUGGAUGGCUUAUCUGAUGACCACAAAAUCGAAACUCAGCGGGACAUUCAUCAAAGAGCAAACGAUGAUCUUGCUGAUGUCGGCCUUGAAAAACUUCAUCUUAGUUUUUAUUUGACUAGUAUUUAUGACCACUCAAUAUUUGAAGCCUUCAGUAAAGUUGUACAGAAACUUAUCCCACAACUACCAACUCUAGAAAACCUGCUAAAUAUAUUUAUCUCUAAUUCAGGAAUUGAAAAGGCUUUUUUAUUUGAUGUUGUUAGCAAAAUCUACAUAGCCACAGACAGUUCCCCUGUAGACAUGCAGUCAUAUGAGCUUUGCUGUGAUAUGAUAGACGUGGUCAUUGACGUAUCUUGCAUUUAUAGCUUGCAUGCAGACUGUAAUGGAACUGCCUAUGAUAAGGAAUCAAUGGCAAUCAUCAAACUAAACAACACAACUGUUCUUUAUUUAAAAGAAGUUACAAAAUUUCUAUCACUUGUAUGUAUUCUUAGAGAAGAAAGUUUUGAAAGAAAAGGUCUAAUUGACUACAAUUUUCACUGCUUUCGCAAAGCUAUUCAUGAAGUUUUUGAAGUGGGAGCUUCCACCCACAGGACCUUCAGUCAGCAAGCCAAUAGCCCAAACAUUAACUCAGUAACUCACAAUGGUACACCUGCAAAUGCAGUCUAGUGGGUAUCUUCCCUCAAUGCACAGUCGGAAAAAACUGCCUGAAAGACAGAGUUUGUCUCUGUUACCGUAAAGCUAGUGUUGGAAAUUCAAGAUACUUUGGAUGGAACGAAUCGUUAUGAAUUUUCACAGAUGACUCUGUAGCAACACCACCUACAAGUUGACAAAAGAAGUGCCAGACUGACUGGAUAUAAGACUUGUGUUUGUAAGGUUAAACUUACUUGUAUUAUAUGAACAGUUUGGCUUUUGUAGUUCUUGUAUUUAUGGGAUGAUCCUCAAACACGAUGCCUCAUGAUAGUAAAGUGCUGGGCUGGACUCUUCUUUUUUUUUUUUUAAUUGCUGGCAGUAUGAAAUACCCUUUUCUCUUUUGUUUUGUUUGUAUGCCAAAAGUUAGCUAUUUGACGUGGGAAACCUUAACGCAUCUUGCAUUUGGACAUUGUUGUGGAGCCUGCAGUUUUCAAAAAUAAUGAAACAUUCCAGAAGGAAAUGGUUACCCUGUUAUGUUUUGUUAAUAAACUAAAGUCUAUCUUAUGAGUAAUUGCACCAGUGGGGAUCAGCCUAAAAUUAUUUGUAGACAUUCCAGCAGAAGCUGUUGCUUUAUCAUAGGUAAACCAUUAUAAACUGUUCUGCCACACCUUUCUGCUUCUAAACUAUAUAGAUGCUAGAAUAAAGUGUCAUUUUUAUCAACUGAACUGGGUUAUUCUGAUAUGUCUACCAAUUGCUUUACUUCAAAUGCCUCCUAUGGCAAGUGCUGUUAUUUAUCGAUUUCAUAUAUAUGCAGUGGUGAGGGGGAGAGGAAAAAACAAAUUGAAGGUGCCAUACUAAAUGUGAUUUGAAUUAUCUUUGCUGUGUGUACCCCAGAUAAAAUAAUUAUUAGAUGAUAUAAAUAUUUUUAAACUUUUGUGUCACUGUAUUAGAAGUUAUUACAUUAAACUGAGUAUUUAUCAAACCUUGAGAAUGCAGAAGACAAAAAAAAACACCAUUUAGAGCUGCUAAUCUAAACUUGUGAAUACCAAGCACAAAAUGUUUGUGUAAAUAUGGAAUGCAUUUGCCUUCCUUACAAUGUCAGAUUGUCGUGGUGCUAGCAAGUACAGCGUAGUAUUUCCUACCAAGAGUGGCACUCAGUGCAAUUUUAUAAAUGUAUAUGUCCCAUUGUUUUGGCUCACAAGGUACAGGCCUAGGUUCUUAAGCAGUACAGUUCACAAAUUUUCAUGGCACAGAUUAUACCACCAUCCUGUGUUUAACAUUGGAAUUGCAGAUUCAAUGUAAUUUUUUAAUUAAAGGGACACUGAACCCACAUAGAGCAUCCAGUUUUAAGCAACUUUCUAAUUUACUCCUAUUAUCAAUUUGUCUUCAUUCUCUUGCUAUCUUUAUUUGAAAAAGAAGGUAUGAAAGCUUUUUUUUUUUUUGGGUUCGAAACUGUGGACAGCAUUUUUUUUUUUUAUUGGUGGAUGAAUUUUUCCACCAAUCGGCAAGAACAAUCCAGGUUGUUCACCAAAAAUGGGCCGGCAUCUAAACUUACAUUCUUGCAUUUCAAAUAAAGAUACCAAGAGAAUGAAGAAAAUGUGAUAAUAGGAGUAAAUUGGAAAGUUGCUUAAAAUUGCAUGCUCUAUCUGAAUCACAAAUGAAACAUUUUGGGUUCAGUGUCAAUUUAAUACGGUUUGCUAAAUUUUGUCUUCACUUUUUCAAAUGAUCUUUUUGUCAAGUUUUAUCCCUUAGUAGAAAACUUAUGAAAGGUUUUACCAUCACUGCACUAAUUGAUAAAUUCACUGCACUAAAGGGCCAAAUAUGCUUUCUUUUUAGAAUAAAAAAGAAAAAAAACAUUUUUCCACAUGCUACUAUGGUCAAAUCACUGGCAUUUACACGUGAAGAAAUAUAAUGAAUCUGCAUAUCAAUUUAUUACAAUACUUAGCUGUAGGUGUGAGGUCUUUUAACACAUGGCAUUCCACUAAAAAAAAAACUACACAUUUUUAAGGAAGGAUAUUGCAGUUUCUAUGUUAUAGUGGCAAUAAUAUUACUGUAAUUUUAUUAUUUUACUUUUGUUUAACCUUGAGGAGGCGAUCAUCUUUUAAGCUGCAGUAUGUUAUAUGAAAUUGGAUGUUUUCUUGUUAUUGCGACAAGUUUUGAUAGUGUGCAUGCAUUGUCUGUCUAAGACAUAGAUAUCUUACACACUUUGUGCUAAGUAUUCACAAGUCUUACUGUCACUGGUUGUGGAUUAUGCACUUGUUACUAUUGAGCAAUGUUUUUUUUCAGUUUUAUGUGAGUGGAGAUAAUUUUCUUGAUUCUCAUAAUGAUCCUUAUAGUAUACAGCAACUAACGUGCUAUUUGUUUUUUUGCCGUUUUCUAACUUGUCUUACUAACGUUUUCCAAUUUGCCGCAGCAUUGCUUCUUGUAAUGGAUUUCACUUAAAAUUAAGUAUUUUAGCUCAUUGUAACUGUAGUUUGCAGACAAUUGCCACAAAACAGUUACUUAACAGCUGUGGGUAUAAGGACGGAAAUAAAUGUAGUAACACUACCAUAUUGGUUAUUUAAAAAUAAAAAGUGUGCAAUGAAUCCCCCUUUUUCCCCCACUCAUUCAAACCUAUCUGGUGCAUAUAACAAAAUUAAUUUACUAUUUUAAAUACCAAAGCCCUUGAAUUGCUGGCAGUCACUGGAUCACUCACAAUAAAGUGCCACUAUAAAAUGUUUUUGUAUAUGAAGCUUUAAAUGGAGUUUAUUUACUCAGAAGAUAAGGGAUUUGUUCUCAUGGACCAUAAUGAAAAAUGGAUUCUUUUAUGUUUUCUAUCACUAAAUUAUGUAUAACAAGGUUUAUCAAUAAAGAUUUAGUCAUGACAA